UGAGGCAUGAUUCGGCGCUGCGUGGCACACUGAGCAACAUGUAGGGCAGGCUGAAAAGAGGAAGCACCUCCUUCUAUGGCAACGCUGCCCGAGAACGUGAUCAUCAUGGAAGUUUACAACGACGCCGACUUGAGCGACCCGGUGCCAGCUUACAAUGGCGAGCAGAGCCCGCCUCCGGUCUUGCUCAAACCAUCGGCGGCGGGAACGAAAGACUUCGUCACCGUCGUAUCAGUCGAGGACUCCGCCAGUGGCAGUGUCGCUUCGAGGGGGCAGAACGACCACGACAAUUACGUGACGCUACUAGAAGUCGAUGAAACACCCAGCGCCACCGAGGAAGUGCUCGUGUACCGGCUUCCCGGUGAGAGGCUGGGCAUGGCGCUCAAGUUCGUCGGGGGAACCGCCGCCGGCGACAAGGUGUCCAGGGUCUUCAUCCAGUCCAUCACACCCGAAAGCCCGGCUUCCAGGGCGCAGUGGAAGAUAUCGCCCAUCAAGGAAGGCGACGAGAUUCUCGAGAUCGGCGACACUCCCGUCACGUCGAUGACUCGCCUCGACUGCGUCACGCUCCUUCGAGACUCCCCGGUGUGUAUCAAGCUACUACUUCGACACCAAUGUGACACGUCGGCGGGCCGAGCUCGGAAGAAUCCUCCGCCUCCAAUUCCACCGCGGAAGUCUUCCAUCGGAGGGUGCAACGGAAGCGACCUCGCCGCAUCAGCGCCCGCGACAAGCGUUCGACAGCACGUCGAACUGUUCGAGAAGCAUGCCUCGGGUAUUGAACGAAGUCCGUCCCUGCGGAGGCCCUCCAUUCCGCCGCCGCUGCCACCACGCCGGCCCAAGUGCAGCUACUCGGACUCGGAAGAGCCGUCGCCGACGCCCGCGUUUCCGGGCAUGUCGCUGAGCAUGAGACUUCCGGGAUGGGAAGAGCUUAUGCGGAAACGCGGCAGUGGGGACAAGGGCGACCGUCCCGUUCAACCGGACUUCUACGUGGACCUGCUGGCCGAGGAGGACAAAAAGCUACUCGAGUGCGAAUCGGACGACACCGGUAGCUCGGUGUCGACCGUCAUCGAGAAGUUCUCCCGUGCGAGCACCGCCAACUCGAGUUUUUCGGAGCACACUCGGCAGCAGUCGCUCGACAGACCGUCCCACACGUUCGAUCUCGAGAAAGUACUGAGCCCCUUCGAGCAGCUGGAACGAGAACUUGACGGCCAUGAGGAAACGUGCGUCGACGACGACGAGCAAGAUCUUGAUUUCGUUGACGAUCCGGGAAUCCUCAACGACGGCAAGGACGCACUCUGCGACGUCUUGGGUCUACCGUCGGCCAUCGCACCCCCUGAGUCCUUUCAAGAUAUGUCGUCACCGCAACAGCGCCUUAGCGAUGACAUCUGCGGCGACACGGAGUACCGCUUGACAUCGGACGAAGACCCAGAAUCGAGACCCGACACGCUCUCUCCUCUCCAAGAACAAGAGGAAGGCUCGGACCAAGAGGUUGGCAUAGAAGUUGACAGGCGGCUGGGGGACGCGAAAGAAAACCACGUCGCCGCUGCUAUGGCUCUGGACAAGCUAUUACAGCUCGACUUCUGCUCAUCUGAACCGACUACACGCCAUGAGGAGCGCGAACGCUCCCCCGUUGAACACGAGAGCUGCCCGGAAGAAGAUUGCUUCCCGGAGGAAGAGGAGGAGCUGCCUGCCGAUGUGAACGAGCAUAGUGGAUACCACGACGAGAGUGACGGCAUUGCCUUCGAACGGCGCAGACCUUUGCAGCCGGCGCAGGAUCUGCUUUCAUACUCCAAAGUCGUCAAAACGACGGAGCACUGCUCCAGCUCCACCGUCGUUAUCCGCAACGGUCUGCUCGACUCGCGUGGCAGCCAGAGCUUCUUCGAGACGCUGGAAAAUGUGGACACUUGCUUCGCGUCGCCUGCCAAUAAGGAGACGCUGAGCGAGCGCACAAUUACCAUCUCCAGUCAGCGGAGAGACGAAUUGGUCGGACGUCCGGCGAGCAGCACGGACAUUGAACUAGGACCGGAAAACAAAGAACCCCUGCGCACAUACCAGAGCUCCGCUUGCGUCACUCUGACCCCUGGUGGCAGUGGAUCUGGCGGCCACGGUGAACCGGAGGGCACCGUGAACGUCGCCUCGCGCUUCGACGGCGGGGCUGACGAACCUAGCGGCAGCGACUACUCGAUUGCGGAUGACAUGCCUGGAUUCCUGUGGCGGAUACCGAGACGAGACCGACGACGCCGUAGCGCGCGCUACGGAAGACGUCGUCAUGGAAGGCCGUCUCCUGGACAGCCCCGACUCGGACGUGUGUCCUCCGGGCCUCGGCGUGGCCGCGGGCAUGUACGGCAUGCAGCCGCCACCGCCCGAAGAGGAGCGGGCCGCAGUCGAAGGCUGCUGCAGCGGAGCGCAACACUCCUCGGAACCCGCCGACUCCGCAGCGCUUCUCGAAGGAGCGGGCAGCGACAUGGACACCAUUCCGGAGGAAGAGACCGGCAGCGAGCUGCUGACUGAGAGCAGCCAGCUGGACAGUGACAGGUCCGAACCAGAGGACUCGUCCGAGUCACCCUUGCCCAGAGACACGCCCGAAGAAGGGUCC